ACAGUACAUUUUGCUAGUUUCAGUCUUUUAUGUAGUAAACAGAAAUAAAUUUGUAAUUUUAUCAGUUGCUUAGUGUUUCAGUCCUGCUGUGGUGGAAUUUAGUAAUCGCAAAUUGGUAUUAAAAAUGCGUAUGGCAAUAAAAAAAAUAUGAAUUGAUAAAGGAACUUGAAGAAAUGGAAAGAUUGACUAAUCAAUACAGAAUGAGGAAUGAAUGUAUGAUGAACUUUGCAGCUGUUUCAUUUUUACGCGCUGUUGAGGAAGAAUGAUUAUAGUAGCGUUGCCCAAUACAGGAAUGACAGCUACCUAAUUUCUUUGGAUGACUUGUUUUGAACCCUGCUCCCCGGUUCAGAAGCCACUUAGUACAUACCUUUAAUAAUCGUAAACAUAGGGCUGAAGAUAGUUUUCAGCUUCUUCGAAAUGUCUGUUGGUAAAACAAGAAAACUUUUGGAUGUAGCUCGCUUUAGCAGGAGUCCGUUAUGUCACUUUCAACACAGAUCAGUUUAUACGCAUUCGCAGCUCCCAGAAACACACAAAAUGCUUUAUAAAUCUGUCCGCGACUUCUCUGAAGCCGAGCUGAAACCACUGGCGUCAACGUUCGAUCGUGAGCACUUGUACCCGGGUGAUCAGAUAAAGAAGAUGGGAGAGUUAGGCCUUAUGGCUGUAGAGGUUCCAGAGGAUUUAGGAGGAACUGGUUUAGACUAUCUUGCGUAUGCCAUUGCCACAGAAGAAAUAUCAAGGGGUUGUGCUUCUGCAGGAGUAAUAAUGAGUGUCAACAAUUCUCUGUACCUUGGACCUAUUCUCAAAUUUGGUACACAGAAGCAGAAAGAAAAAUUUAUUACCCCAUUCACUACAGGUCAGCGUGUGGGCUGCUUCGCUUUGAGUGAACCAGGAAAUGGCAGUGAUGCUGGUGCAGCAUCUACUACAGCUCGUAAACAAGACAAAGGAUAUAUUCUCAAUGGUACAAAGGCAUGGAUUACCAACGGUUAUGAAUCUGAAGCCACUGUUGUUUUUGCAACAACAGAUAAAAGCAAGAAGCAUCGUGGAAUUAGUGCCUUCCUUGUUAGUAAACCAACGAAAGGUCUGGAACUGGGAAAAAAGGAAGAUAAACUAGGUAUAAGAGGCUCUUCAACAUGCAGUUUGAUAUUUGAAGACUGUUCUGUGCCAGAAGAAAAUGUUUUAGGAGAGCUUGGGAUGGGUUUCAAAAUUGCAAUGAUGACACUGGAUGCUGGUCGGAUUGGAAUUGCUUCACAGGCUCUUGGCAUUGCUCAGGCAUCACUUGACUGUGCAGUUGAUUAUGCAAGCAAACGUAUUGCAUUUGGCUCUCCUAUAUUGAAACUACAAGCUAUACAGGCAAAGAUAGCUGACAUGGCUCUGAAGGUAGAGUCAGCAAGACUUCUGACCUGGCGGGCAGCACAUUUAAAAGAUACAAAGCAACCAUUUACGAAGGAAGCAGCAAUGGCAAAACUGGCUGCAUCAGAAGCUGCUACAUUCUGCUCCCAUCAGGCGAUACAGAUUCUUGGAGGAAUGGGCUAUGUGAGUGACAUGCCAGCAGAGAGGCAUUAUCGAGAUGCACGCAUUACUGAGAUAUAUGAAGGAACGUCUGAAAUUCAAAGACUUGUGAUUGCUUCCAAUAUUGCAAAGGAAUAUGGACUGUAAGCAUGGGGCUUUGGUUUAACAUUAACGAUAAUUGGGUUGCUGAUGUCCUCUUAAUCUUGUAAACAAGAUUAAGAAAAAGUACAGAUGGAACGUAGACGUAAUACACAGAGGCAGCUUGUGUGAACCUGUGGAGUUUCUCAUUGUUUGCACGAAAGGAAAGUGACAGCUGUUUUUCCUCUUAACAUUUGUUGUACUUUAUUAUUUGCUAAUUCAGCUGCAAAAUGUAUGUGGAUGUCCAUUUGUCAACAGUCACAUGUGUAAAGAAUUGUCAAAGUUGCUCUCUAGGAAAAUUACCAUAAUUAUUCUGAGACUGGACUGCACACCCUUGUUAAGUAACUACUUCAUUGGUCUCAUGUCUCAAUAUUAAAUGAAAAUGUUCAUGCCUAGAAUGUUGUUUGGCUGCAGUAUUUGUGAUAAAGUGACUUUUUUUUUUUACCCUUGAGUACUUUAUAUGCACUGUAUGGCUGGAGUAUUUUAAUAAUGUUAUAUUGACUGAGGUCUCUUAUAUCAUUAUAGGAAAAUGUUUACUAUACAGUGCACAAUUUAAAUAAUGAAUGUUUACAAUAUUUGAAUAGUAACAUUUAUUUUAUUUAUUGCAUAUUCUUUUAUAAAAGAGGCAAAUAAGAGUGCUGUAUAUUAUAUAUUUUGAUAUAAACAUUUUGUAUAAGAAUUUGUACGUGUAAUAUUUUAUCAUUGUGAGAAAUACAAAUAAUCUUGUACAUACGUUUUCUGAUUUUAGAUCUGAGAAUCAAUAUCACAUGCCUGUUUUCCAAGCAAUAUUCCAAAUAAAUUUUGAUUUAUUUUGAAAUUUACCCAUAUUUGUAAAAAGAAGUGAUGAAUCUUCAGACUUCCACGAAAGCUAAUUUGCCAUGUAUUUGUGUACAUAUUUAAUAAUACAUCAGUGUGGAGAAUAGUAGAGACUAGAAGGCAAUAUUUGCUUUGGCAUGUGCAGUGAUUGUGAUGAAUACCUAGAAUGAAGGAGUUAAUGCUGUAAAUGUUAUUAUAUUUUGUAACACUGUAAUUGUUACAUACUACAGAAUUGUAUAUAAAAUUACCUUUUUAUGUACAAAUGUGCUGGUGUCCUGCCAUAUUAAAUCAUCUCAAUUUAAAGCAUAAAUGCACUGCAA